UUGCUCUAAGGGUGGGACUGAAUGAGCCGAGUGAAUCAGAUUGAUACAGACAGAAGCAGGAUAGAUUUAUAAAUUUGUACAAUAUUUUAAGUAGAGGGCUUUUUGUACUUAUACGACUAGAGAAUAUUCUUUAUUCCUCGUGUCCCCCCUCCCCUUUUCCUUUUUUUUCUUCUUCUAAGAGACCGCAAGAAGAAUGGCUCAGAUACUACCAAUACGAUUUCAAGAACAUCUGCAGCUGCAGAACCUGGGGGUGAACCCGGCCAACAUCGGCUUCAGCUACCUGACCAUGGAGUCGGACAAGUUCAUCUGCAUCCGGGAGAAAGUGGGCGACCAGAACCAGGUGGUGAUCAUCGACAUGAACGACCCCAACAACCCCAUCCGCCGGCCAAUCUCUGCCGACAGCGCCAUCAUGAACCCCGCUAGCAAGGUGAUCGCCCUGAAAGACGCUGCCAAGACCCUGCAGAUCUUCAACAUUGAGAUGAAGAGCAAGAUGAAGGCUCACACCAUGACGGAGGAGGUGAUGUUCUGGAAGUGGAUCUCAGUCAACACAGUGGCGCUGGUGACGGAGACGGCGGUCUACCACUGGAGCAUGGAGGGCGACUCGCAGCCGCUGAAGAUGUUUGACCGCCACGCCAGCCUGGCCGGCUGCCAGAUCAUCAACUACAGGACGGACGAGCAGCAGAAAUGGCUCCUCCUCAUAGGCAUCUCUGCUCAGCAAAACCGCGUUGUCGGGGCCAUGCAGCUGUACUCCGUGGACAGGAAAGUGUCACAGCCCAUCGAGGGCCAUGCCGCUGCUUUUGCCGAGUUCAAGGUGGAGGGCAAUGCCAAGCCUUCCACCCUCUUCUGCUUCGCCGUGAGGAGCCAGGCCGGAGGCAAGCUGCACAUAAUAGAAGUGGGUCAGCCGGCAGCUGGGAAUCAGCCCUUUGCCAAGAAAGCAGUGGAUGUCUUCUUUCCUCCUGAGGCCCAGACAGACUUCCCCGUGGCCAUGCAGAUCGGUACCAAGCAUGGCGUCAUCUACCUGAUCACAAAGUACGGCUACAUACAUAUGUACGACCUGGAGUCGGGAGUGUGCAUCUACAUGAACCGCAUCAGCGCUGAGACCAUCUUCGUUACCGCAUCUCACGAGCCCACCUCUGGCAUCAUUGGAGUCAACAAGAAAGGACAGGUGCUGUCGGUGUGUGUGGAGGAGGAAAACAUCGUGAACUACGCCACCAAUGUGCUGCAGAACCCAGACCUGGGCCUACGCAUGGCGGUCCGCAGCAACCUGGCCGGCGCGGAGGAGCUCUUCGCCCGCAAGUUCAACACACUCUUCGCCCAGGGCAGCUACUCAGAGGCCGCCAAAGUGGCUGCGUCUGCACCCAAGGGCAUUCUGCGUACGGCUGACACCAUCAGGAAGUUCCAGAGCGUCCCGGCGCAGCCUGGCCAGGCCUCCCCGUUGCUGCAGUAUUUCGGCAUCCUGCUGGACCAGGGCCAGCUCAACAAGUUCGAGUCUCUGGAGCUGUGCAGGCCGGUGCUGCAGCAAGGCCGCAAGCAGCUGCUGGAGAAGUGGCUGAAGGAGGACAAGCUGGAGUGUUCAGAGGAGCUGGGAGAUCUGGUGAAGAGCGCCGACCCCACGCUGGCCCUCAGCGUCUACCUCCGUGCCAACGUCCCCAACAAGGUCAUCCAGUGCUUCGCAGAGACCGGCCAGUUCCAGAAGAUAGUGCUCUAUGCUAAAAAGGUUGGCUACACUCCAGACUGGGUCUUCUUGCUUAGGAAUGUCAUGCGCGUGAGUCCCGAGCAAGGCCUGCAGUUCGCUCAGAUGCUGGUUCAAGAUGAGGAGCCCCUGGCCAACAUCAACCAGAUUGUGGACGUGUUCAUGGAGAGCAGCCUGAUCCAGCAGUGCACCUCCUUCCUGCUCGAUGCCUUGAAGAACAACCGCCCGGCCGAGGGCCACCUGCAGACUCGCCUGCUGGAGAUGAACCUCAUCCAUGCCCCUCAGGUUGCGGAUGCUAUCCUUGGGAACCAGAUGUUCACCCACUACGACCGUGCCCACAUUGCCCAGCUGUGCGAGAAGGCGGGGCUCCUACAGCGUGCCCUGGAACACUACACCGACCUGUAUGACAUCAAGCGUGCCGUGGUGCACACCCACCUGCUUAACCCCGAGUGGCUGGUGAACUUCUUUGGCUCGCUGUCAGUGGAGGACUCAGUGGAGUGCCUGCGGGCCAUGCUGUCGGCCAACAUACGGCAGAACUUGCAGCUGUGCGUGCAGGUGGCAUCAAAGUACCACGAGCAGUUGGGAACACAGGCUCUGGUGGAGCUCUUCGAGUCCUUCAAGAGCUACGAAGGACUUUUUUACUUCCUCGGCUCCAUCGUGAAUUUCAGCCAAGACCCCGACGUCCACUUCAAAUACAUCCAGGCCGCCUGCAAAACAGGGCAGAUUAAGGAGGUGGAGAGAAUCUGCCGCGAGAGCAACUGUUACGAUCCAGACCGCGUCAAGAACUUCCUCAAGGAGGCCAAGUUGACUGACCAGCUGCCUUUGAUCAUCGUUUGCGACCGCUUCGAUUUUGUCCACGACCUUGUGCUGUACCUGUACCGCAACAGCUUACAGAAGUACAUUGAGAUUUACGUGCAGAAGGUGAACCCCAGCCGCCUGCCCGUGGUCAUCGGGGGCCUGCUGGAUGUGGACUGCUCCGAGGACGUCAUCAAGAACCUGAUCAUGGUGGUGCGGGGGCAGUUCUCCACAGACGAGCUGGUGGCAGAGGUGGAGAAGAGGAACAGGCUGAAGCUACUGCUGCCGUGGCUGGAGUCCAGAAUCCACGAGGGCUGCGAGGAGCCGGCCACCCACAACGCCCUCGCCAAGAUCUACAUCGACAGCAACAACAACCCCGAGCGCUUCCUGCGGGAGAACCCCUUCUACGACAGCGCCGUGGUGGGCAGGUACUGCGAGAAGCGGGACCCCCACCUGGCCUGCGUGGCCUACGAGAGGGGACAGUGCGACCUGGAGCUCAUCAAGGUGUGCAAUGAGAACUCCCUCUUCAAGAGUGAGGCUCGUUACCUGGUGCGCCGGAAAGAUCCAGAGCUGUGGGCGAACGUUCUGGAGGAGAAUAACCCAUACAGACGACAACUGAUUGACCAGGUAGUGCAGACUGCCCUCUCAGAGACCCAGGAUCCGGAGGAGGUCUCCGUGACAGUCAAGGCCUUCAUGACCGCCGACCUGCCCAACGAGCUCAUCGAGCUGCUGGAGAAGAUUGUCCUGGACAACUCUGUGUUCAGCGAGCACCGGAACCUCCAGAACCUGCUGAUCCUCACGGCCAUUAAAGCGGACCGCACCCGCGUGAUGGAGUACAUCAACCGGCUGGACAACUACGACGCCCCAGACAUCGCCAACAUCGCCAUUAGCAAUGAGCUCUUCGAGGAGGCAUUUGCCAUCUUCCGAAAGUUUGACGUCAACACCUCAGCCAUUCAGGUCUUGAUCGAGCACAUCGGGAACCUGGACCGGGCCUACGAGUUUGCAGAGCGCUGCAACGAGCCGGCCGUGUGGAGCCAGCUGGCUCGGGCGCAGCUGCAGAAAGAGCUGGUGAAAGAGGCCAUCGACUCCUACAUCAAGGCGGACGACCCCUCGGCCUACAUGGAGGUGGUCAAUGCGGCCAGCAAAAACAAUAACUGGGAGGAUCUGGUGAAGUUCCUGCAGAUGGCCCGGAAGAAGGCCCGGGAGUCUUAUGUGGAGACAGAGUUGAUAUUCGCUCUGGCCAAAACCAAUCGCCUGUCAGAGCUGGAGGAAUUUGUGAGCGGCCCCAACAAUGCUCACAUUCAGCAGGUGGGCGACCGCUGCUACGACGAGGGAAUGUACGACGCGGCCAAGCUGCUGUACAACAAUGUGUCCAACUUCGCCCGCCUGGCGUCCACGCUGGUGCACCUCGGCGAGUACCAGGCCGCUGUGGACAGCGCCCGCAAGGCCAACAGCACCCGCACCUGGAAAGAGGUGUGCUUUGCCUGUGUGGACGGAACAGAGUUCCGGCUGGCCCAGAUCUGCGGCCUUCACAUCGUCAUACAUGCCGAUGAACUGGAGGAGCUCAUCAGCUACUACCAGGACCGGGGAUACUUCGAGGAGCUGAUCGCUCUGCUGGAGGCGGCGCUGGGGCUGGAGCGUGCUCACAUGGGCAUGUUCACGGAGCUGGCCAUCCUCUACUCCAAAUUCAAGCCCCAGAAGAUGAGGGAGCACCUGGAGCUCUUCUGGUCUAGAGUCAACAUCCCCAAGGUGCUCCGUGCAGCGGAACAAGCACACCUGUGGGCGGAACUGGUCUUCCUCUACGACAAAUACGAAGAGUACGACAAUGCGGUCAUCACCAUGAUGAACCACCCCACUGACGCCUGGAAGGAGGGGCAGUUCAAGGACAUUAUUGCCAAGGUGGCCAAUGUGGAGCUGUAUUACAAAGCCCUGCAGUUCUAUCUGGACUACAAACCUCUCCUGAUCAAUGAUCUCCUGACUGUCCUUUCCCCCCGUUUGGACCAUACCAGAGCAGUUUCCUUCUUCUCCAAGAUGAACCAGCUGCAGCUUGUGAAACCUUACCUGCGAUCAGUACAGAGCCACAACAACAAAGGAGUCAACGAGGCCUUAAACAACCUGCUGACUGAGGAGGAAGAUUUCCAGGGAUUAAGAGCGUCCAUCGAUGCGUACGAUAACUUCGAUAACAUCAGUUUGGCCCAAAGGCUAGAGAAGCAUGAGCUGAUCGAGUUCCGCCGCAUCGCUGCGUACCUGUACAAAGGCAACAACCGCUGGAAGCAAAGCGUGGAGCUGUGCAAGAAGGACCGCUUGUACAAGGACGCCAUGCUGUACGCAGCGGAGUCAAAGGACGCGGAGCUGGCCGAGAAGCUCCUGCAGUGGUUCCUGGAGGAGGGCAAGAAGGAGUGCUUCGCAGCGUGCCUGUUCGCCUCCUACGACCUGCUCCACCCAGACGUUGUGCUGGAGCUGGCCUGGAGGCACAACAUCAUGGACUUCGCCAUGCCUUACUUCAUCCAGGUCAUGAGGGAGUACCUGACCAAAGUUGAUGAGAUUGCGGAGAAGGUGACGGUGGACAAACUGGAAGCUUCAGAAAGCCAAAGGAAAACCGAGGAAGAAGUGACAGAACCGACUCCAAUUGUGUUUGGUCAGCAGCUGAUGCUGACAGCAGGCCCUGCAGCAGUACCCCCCCAGCCCGGCUACCCUGGGUACGGCUACGCUGCACCGGGCUACACCCAGCCCCCCUAUGGAUUCAACAUGUAGAUACACCCCCCCUCUCCCCCGCCCACCCCCAGCAGAGCCCCUGUCUCCCCCUCCACAACUUCUCGUCCUCCUCUGUCCGAGGGAACCGUGUGACUUUGAGGCACAUUCAGUCUUUGGUUCUGGCUGAACACCGACCCUGCACAGCAUGAAGACGACUCUUAGCUCCUAGCGAAAAACAGCCUGUUACUCGCCAUAUUUAUUACUCUUCAGCCAUGUAUCCUGUUACCGUUACAUUUCAUCUUUGAAAGGAUAGUGCAGCUUUUUAUCAUUGUAUUUUAGGUCUGAACUUACAGCACUGAUUCUGAACUGACACUGUUGGGGGAGAAACAGGUACAAAGGAAUUCAGCAAUGAGCCUCUUUGCUCCCAUAGUACUGUAAAGACCUGACACACCCAGGUGUCAAAUAGGGAGGUUUAGGUCAAUGUUCGUCUCAAGCCUGUUGAUGUGCAUCUUAAUGGUUCUGUGCAUCUGGAUGGCUCUCUGCCAUUUCAAAGCCGCUUUUCUCGCCGUGCUGUGCAGAAACAUAACACUAAAGGCAUACUGUAUGCACUGUACAUGGCUUCUUUAACAUGGUGGAAUUGGUAGACAAUGCCCCUUGUGGAUUAGUAUUGUACAUUGCUGGAAAGGUUUACAUUGGUCUCUGCCUCCCUAUAGUUUUACUGAAGUUAGUCAAAAAGGGUAUUUUGAUUGCUUUAAGUGUUUGACCACAAUUAAAAGGUACAUAAUUUCAUGUUAGGGGUCCAUAGAUUGACACAACAUGGAAUCAAGAAAUACUGUGUACCAGUGUCUGUGCAUGUGCUGCGAAACUAAUGUGUAAUGCUAUAACAAUGCAAAACGGAGCACAAUUUUUGAUGUUAUAUAAAAUAUUACUAAUGUUAUGUAAAGACCCUUAAUCGUGUAUUGUGAAGCCUUCACAGUCUUGCUUCUGAAAUCAACAUACAAAAGGUGAAGAGUAAUUUUCAAUAUUACAGAUGCUUUGAAAAAAAAACACACAAGGGGGAUAUAAAUGCAUAUAUCUCUGUGCCACUUUUUCAAAAUAGUAUAAUCAUUUUAAUGUACUGAAAAUAAUGUAUAAUUUAUGGUAAUGAAAUGUUGCUAUUCCUAAUUAAUCAAAGUCCAAUAUAAUGUAAAACCAUAUGUACUGUCUAUAGUGUAUUGUUGUAGUCCUAAGCAUAAUAAUUUUUUAAAAAAAACUGUAUACAAAGAGCCGAAAUACAAAAAAAGGAGUCUUCAGCACGUGUGCUUGCAGCAAAGAUGAUUAUUAUUUUUUAAGUAGCAGCCAUGACAAUGGUAUGGAGCCCCCAAGUAUCAAUGUCCGAUGCUCUUGUCACCACGUGUCUGGUGAGAAGCUUUUCUGACUGGACGUUUGAGGGAGGGUCCUGAGCUCCGGUCAGUGUCAUGUUGUAUAAAUGUUGUCUGGAUUUGGGUUCCGUAAGAAAGCAAAAUCUGAGCUGUAAAGCAUUCCCCUCCCAAACUGCACAGGUCAUGCCCUCAGAAGGAUAAAUAAAUAAAGUUUACACA